AUGGAAAUACAUCAACCACUCCCUACAAAUAUUGACUACAACCCCUCCAAACACGGCAAACUCAUCGGCAUCCAAUUCGGCUGUUUCGUCUUCCAGGACACCAUGGGAAAAUGGUACUGUUUCCGCCACCCACGAGAAAUGCACAGGGGCGCUCAAUGGGCUUUUUGCCUACACCCAGGCUUCCAGAUGGACACGCCUUCUGGUAUGAGCCCUGGCUCUUGGCACGCAUGGGUUGAUCAUCAGAGAGAAGCUUUGCGGGGGAAGCCUCUAAGCAAAUACCACCAUGAAGAAAAUGGACAUGAAAUUGAGGAGGAAUGGACAGAGGUGAAUUCGGUCACCGUUGCGAAAAUGUUUCGCGUUGAACGCCCGUCGGAAACAGAGCUCUGCUACUUGCAGCAGAAGCUUGAGCAGUUUGCGAGAAUGUAUCCGGAGCGGGUGGUUAAGCAGGAGGAAGAAAAGGAAGAAAAAUUGUGUGCGCUGGGCCAGCUGAAAAUCUCAGCAGUACAGUCUGUCAACAAAGUCGACGAUGGGAAGAAGCAGGAAAUCGAAUAA